AUUGCGCAUGCUCUGUUCAAUUGCCGUGACAACAAAUUGUGUCUCUGAAUUUUGUAAGCCAAGUAAAAGGCGAGGAUUUUUAGUUUUUUCCUAUUCUAACAUGUGAUGCUGAGAUAAUACAGCUGUACACUCCUUUUUUGCACUAAUGGACUAGGCACUUUGAAUUAACAUGGCAUCCAGUGUAUCAUCUGAUAAUGAUGAUGAUUAUGAUUCAGAUGUCACAUGCGGGAGCAGUGACACAGAUGAUAAAGAUUCCUAUGACAGUGGGAACUCCUCAAAUGAUGCUGACACAGGCAAUGAUGAGAGUGAAGAGGAGAGCGAGGAUGAUGACGAUAACGAUGAUGAUGACGGGAGAUCAGGAGAAAAGCUUGAGAAUGUAAUGUGGUGUGGGCCAAAGAAGAAUCUUCCUGUGUUGGUGUUCAGACCUGAGUGUAAUUUCACCAAAGUCAAGCGACUAUAUGCAACAGGAGAAAAGCACCAUCUUGCCUAUAAGAUAGUUCGUACAGACUGCAGAGUGAUCAGACAGCUUCUACACAAACAUGGGUUUCAUGAGGUUCAUCCGAACAGCUCUGAUUUCAACUUGAUGUGGAUUGGUUCUCAUGUUAAACCAUACACGUUGAGAAGCUUUACUGACUUUCAGAAAAUCAACCAUUUUCCAAGGUCCUAUGAAAUUACUAGAAAAGACAGAUUGUACAAAAACUUUCAACGUAUGCAACAUGCAAAGGGUGCCCGCCAUUUUGAUUUCUUGCCGCAAACCUUCUGCACUCCUUCGGAGUUUGAUGACUUAGUGGCUGCACAUAACAAAGAAAGAGGAACGUGGAUUGUUAAACCAGUAGCUUCAUCCAGAGGAAGGGGAAUCUUCCUUGUCAAUAGUCCUCAGAAUGUACCAUUAGAUGCAGCUUAUGUUGUGUGUCGAUACCUCAACAACCCUCUACUCAUUGAUGGUUUCAAGUUUGACCUGAGGCUUUAUGUAGCAGUGACUUCAUAUGACCCUCUUCGUAUAUACCUCUAUGAAGAAGGCUUGACCAGGUUCGCUACUGUGCAAUACCAACAGAACAAUAAGACAAUAAAGAACACGUGCAUGCAUUUGACCAACUACAGUUUGAACAAGAAGAGUCGUGAUUACGUCAAGUGUGAUGACGGAGACAUUGAGGACUAUGGAAACAAGUGGAGUUUAGGAGCAAUGCUAAGGUACCUCAAGAAACAAGGCAAGGAUGCUAAACUUCUACUUUCGAGAAUAGAAGAUGCAGUGAACAAAACAAUAAUCUGUGCAGAGCUUCCUGUGGCUACCGCCUGUAAGAUGUUCCAACCAUACAGGGGAAAUUGCUUUGAGCUUUAUGGUUUUGAUAUCUUAGUAGAUGCCAAUCUCAAACCCUGGGUGUUAGAAGUCAAUCUCUCUCCAUCAUUAGCUACUGAAGCACCGAUCGACAUGAAGAUCAAGUCUAACGUGUGUGGUGAUCUCUUUAGUUUAACCGGUUUCGUUGUACAAGAUCCCGUGAUGAGACGCAUGCAGCAGAGUAGAAGAAAUCAGGAUCUAGCUGCUUCUAGUACACUAAGACAACAGAAGGAGCGCAUUGGCUCUGCCUUCUCGCGACAAAGACCCAACUCUGCCGGGGUGGUGGGUAACAAGCUUGUCAGACCAAACUCUGGUAGAAAGUCCGCAGCAGCAUCGUCGGGUCCCAAAGAUGGUUCCGGACUGACUCUAGAAGAACGAAAGAUAAUCCUCGAAAGCAGGGAGGAAUACGCUAGGAGAGGGGGAUGGAUGAGAACUUUUCCCUCACCAAACUCAAUGGAGAAAUAUGGUUCCUUAAUGGAAAGUAGGAAUUCCAUGAACCAUUUACUACAUUCAAGACUCUUCUCUGACAAUGUGGAUUCUAGUAGUUCAUCUCCCAGACCUAAAUCGGCUCAUUCAACUUUGGCUUCAUCCAGAGCCAGACAGUGCACGAAGAUGUCUCAUGGGAUGAUGCAUGAACUCCAAGAGAGGGAAUUUGAAGAGCAUUUAGCCCAGUUACUCCGGAAGCUCAGUACCAAAGACAACUCGGUAGAAAGGCGCAACCUACGCAACAGGGUCCGCAACAAAUUUCCUGCCACAAAGAGGCUAGCACCAAACCCCAGGACUGCAGUUCCGAGCAAAAUUGAGGUGAAGUCAGAACCCUUACCAUCCAGGACACCUCUUGCCCAGGGCAAACUGGACUCACGGCCCCAAACAGGACAAAACAAAAACCCUGUAAAGCAAACUGAACCCACUGGCCAACAAACUCAUAGCACAAAUGCUGCAGUAGCUUCACAUCAACCACCACCAUCAUCAAAACAAACCUCUGGUACAUCGCAAGUUAAUAUGAACGAUACAAAGGGUGUAGAUAGAGGAGGAGGUGGUGGUGAAGGGACAGGUAUAACUGGAUCAUCUGCUAAUGGGGUGCAAGGUAAACCCCCCGUUGGACCCAGUCAGGGAUCAGGAGGGGUGAAAACAGAGAACAAUAUUGGAGCUAGGAUGGUUCUAGAGGUACAGAAACCAAAAGGACCGACUAAAGAAGAGAUCCGAGAGAUGGUGAAUGUCCCUGAUAUCUUGGACAGGGGCGGUGAUUUAAGCAAGCUGCAAGCCAGAAAUGCCUUUGCUACCUACCUCCUGAGAGUUCAACAGAGAUUACUCGCCGAAACAAGCAAACCACCAGAGAAACUAGACGAGACAGACCAACAUGAUGAACAAAUGGAUCUUGUGUUGCGAUUCCUGAAGAGGGCAGCAAGCAAUCUUCAACAGCAAUUCAAAGUGAUAGUGCCUAGUAGAAAGCUUCCCAUUCACGACAGGAGAAGAAUCCUUGCAAAGCAACUAGUGGAUUUUGUCCAGAUAUAUAGCAAGGAAACAGAUGAAAUGGAGAGUAAGAAACCUAAGAAGAUCGUCAAACCUCACAAUCAUCAUCAGUUUGAAGAGGAAGAUGAGAGCAUUGAUGACAAUAGGUUCUCUCAUUUUGUUGGAGUGGCCAACGAGAAUGAGUUGGAAGAACUCCUUACGACGUACACCAAACAGAACAAAUCAGCCAGCAUCUUCCUCGGAACCAGUACCAGCAAUCCUAAAUCGAUAUCAGAGAUGAUGUCACAACCUACCUCGGUCAACAAUGCCAACCAUCAACAUCACAAUAACCAUCAACAUCACAAUAACCAUCAACAUCACCAGCAGCAGGUUCAGCAACAUCAUCAUCAUCACAGGCAUGGUAGCAAUGCAGGACCGGCACUGUUGCAUCGGCGGUCAAGUUCUACAGAGAAUUUACAUACUACCAGUCACAAGGGUAGUGGAGCUGCUGGAGAUACAGCGAAAGAUACAAAUUUCAGCUCAAUCCCAGCUAAGCAUGGUAUCCACUCAGCUAAAGCUCUUCAACACUACUAUGCUGCAGCAGGUGCCAGCAAUACUGCUACCACCGGCGAUGGACACCACUACCAGCAGCCGCAGCAUCAUCCCAUGACGUCAUCACAACCAUCUUCAUCACUCCCCAAACGCCCCCACUCAUCCACGCCCAACACCGCUGAGGCUCGAUACGCAUCGUCAGCAGACGGUGCCGUACAGGUCUACAGCUCGAGGUAUAAUCGCCAGCGACCGUACUCUGCCAAAGCUGGAUUCGAUUCAGGGGAUGGUAGAUCUUCACUGGGGAGACCCAACUCUGCUGUUGUCUACAGAGACUCUUCGGGAGGACAAAUAGCUGCAAGGCAUUUUUCAGAGAGUAGUCAACAAGCAAUCCAAGAAGCUCUUCAGAGACUGGCCAAGCGACAAGCCGCGCGUCAGUACUCAUCGUCUAGUGUUCAGAACCAGAACCUGCUAACACAGAAGUAUGUUGAACAACACUUUGGACUAGUCAAUCCUCCUCAGGGGCCUGUUCAGGCUACCCCUGUGACUGGAUAUGGAUCAAACCCGGUCUUGACCAGUACACUCGGUAGGAGUAGCUCCCGUGCACGAUCUAGUAGCGUUGGCCUCGUGAGAAGCCCUAGCCAGAACUCUAUAACAUCAGCAGUUGCAAUGGAUUCACACAGUGGAAGUACAGUGCCACAGAGAAGCGCAAGUAACAGUCGGGUGAGCAGCGCUGCCCUCAACGAGAAGGGACGUAACGGAGCGAGUCAGGAGCAAACAGGCCACAUGCGCCGAUCCAGUCACAGCGGUGUUGCCUUAAAUAGAACUCACAGCUUCACAACGGAUACAAGCUCUAAAGAUAGCUCAGAGCUCAGUGGACCGACAAAUGCAUCAAAAACAAGCAGCAACCAUAGUUUGUCAGAUGAUGCAUACAGCGCCCAGAUCAAGGCCCUGCAAAAUCUCACCGUUUCUAAUCGGACUCCCUACCCAAACGCAGCUAAUGCGUUACAGCAUCAACAGGAAGGGAAGAACAGCGUGCCACUAGGGGGCAGUAGACAGAUGAGCGGUGGUGCAUCUCGGCCGAUGAGCCUUCAGGAGCAGCAGCAGAUGGCUUAUGAGUUGUCCCAACAAAGCAAGGCCAAGCACCAAGAGAAGAUUGCCCAAGCACAUACCAAUGCAUCAGCUUUACGUGAUGCCAUCCACAGGAGUUCAUCAGCAUCAUCGGUCAACAAUAAUUCAUCAUCUUCAUCUCCUAACCGCCAACCACGUCCGCCUCCACAGUCUGCUAAUGCCCGUAAACCGAUCAGCACCAAGCGUCUAGCGAGGACAAGCCAGAUGGAAGAAGGUCCAAGGAGCAGUAGCAAUAGUUUCUAUACCAGUCUGAAAUAUAACAAUAUGACAGGAGGGGUUACCAACAAACAUCAAACAGGUUCUAUUCAAGCACAAGUGAUACGUCACUAACCAUGGGCUAGGAGAUGAAGAAUGGUCACCUACUUCAGUGUGCGUGGUAUUGCUUAGGUCCCCAGUCACACCUAGCAAACUGACUCCAACCCAAGUGAUUCUGUGAUUGUAUGCCAUUUAUUUAUUCAUUGUUCUUUAUUCUGUUUGAUGUAACCAGGGUAGUCUCUGCAGUAUGAAACUGCUUAAUAAGAGAGGAGCUCAGGGGCCGGUUGCAGAAAGAAUUGCGUUCAAACGCAAGUCCCGAAUACGGGGGCCUCAUUGGCUGAAAAAUCAAGUUGCGCAAGAUUUUUUGAGAUGCGUUUGAUCGCAACUCUUUCUGCAACGGAGCCCUGCACAGUUAAUAUACAAUCAUAAUACAGUACAUAACAGGAGACUAAGCUAGAGUAUUUAGAAAAUAUGAUUAAUUACAGAACCAGAAAAAAAUGGUAUUAAUGUAAUAGAUUUGGUCAGUCUGGAGUUAAUUUAGCCAGAAUGACUGUGGCGUCAGAGACGCCAUUCAGUAUAUUGCCAACAGGAAUCCCACAAUAACAUACUUGGGGGGUGUUGCAUGGAAUAGCAAGUCUAUUUUAGGUCCCCAAAUCGAUCACAUGUCUGGCGAUAAAUGGCAGUUUUGCACUUUAUUGCUGAGUUACAAAUUA